UUGAUGCCUAAGUCGUGUUAACUAACAUGCAUUUAUUUUAUAACUCAUUAGCUAAAUGUCUGAGCUGUUGUGCUGUACAGUUCAUUUGGAAAAUGUUUGAGUACUAUAAUUGAAAAUAAUGUGUUCAUGUUCAUUCAAUUUGAGUGGUUUCGAAUUGGUGUCUUUUUAAAGUAUUAUUUUGGAUAUGCGAAGAAGAAAAUUCCUGUUUUUAUGCAUUGCUGUUUUAACUUUAGAAAUACUUUGUGGAACAAGAAAUUAUUCUUCUGGCAACUUAAAACGAGAAACAAGGACGGGAGACACUAUAAUGGAAGAAACGUCAACUGAAAGUGAUUCAAAUGAUACAGACAAUGAUACAGAGAAGAUAAAUGACAGACGACUUCAAUCAUUAGUGAAAGCAUGCAAACGACUAGGUUAUACUGAAGAUAAUUAUACGAUUAAUAUCCGCGCUCAUAUGUCUCCAAAUAAAAAAGCUCUGUAUUGUCGUGUAAACAAAUGUGCUUCUACUACGACUCUUGAAGUAAUGAGAAGACUUUUCAAUUGUGAUACCGAUUGUCAGGUCAAAAUAGCAGCUCUGGUUAAGGCAAAUGUUAAUGCAAGUAAAAUAAUGAAUGAUGCUUUUUCUUUCAUGGUUGUUCGUGAGCCGUAUGGACGUUUAUUUUCAACUUACUGUAAUAUAUUCUAUUUCCCGAAAGAAGAUUGGUUUUACAGAGGCGUCAAGAUUAUAAAAUUAGCAAGGCCGAAUAUUUCCUCUGAUAGUCUAAACUUUGGACAUGAUUUAACUUUUGCCGAGUUGGUAAAGUAUAUAAUCGAAUCAUAUGAAAACGGUCUUCGCUUAGAUGAACAUGUCAGACCGAUGCAUCAUAAAUCGUGUAACCCGUGUAUGUUCCAUUUUGAUUACAUUGCACAUUUAGAAACAUUUGAAAAGGACUUUCUAUUCAUUUUAAAGACCAUGCACUAUAGGAAUAUCGUAGAAAACUACCCAAAGGACCUAGUGAAAUCCCUUAGGGAGUGGACUAUUUUUGGACCGGUAAAGCAUUUAUUCAAAACCUUAUUGCUAGUAAAGGCAUCCACUAUUUCAUCUUACAACAUUUUCCUUAGAGCAUGGAGUUAUUACCAGAUAACGGGACACGUUUCAAAGAACAUAGAUUUUCCGUAUAACGAAGAAAAUGUUAUCAAUAUUAACAAAGAGACAUUUAUACAAGCAUUAAAAACAGCUAUUGAAUCCUCGGCAAAAUAUAACACAGACCUGAAUAAACAGAGAUAUGACGCCAUGAUUCAAGCAUACUCCUCUGUCUCUACUGAACACUUGGAGAGAUUAAGGAAAGUAGUAGCAACAGACUGCUUUUUGUUUGGCUACGAAAAUAGUCCAAACUUUUUAUUCGAUAGAAAUAGAUUAUUGUCGAAUAAAGAAGUUGACACAUUCAACUUUUUCAAAGGCCUUUAGUUUAAAUAACUAACGUUUAGACUACGUUGUGUUUUUCCAAGACAGUUUGCUAAAGCACUUUUAUACGUUACAUAUUCCAAAACCUUAAUAACUAUGAAAACUAAAUAAAAACAUAUAACAGUAGUAUAUAUUAUGAUGGCGCGAAAACAGUUUGACCUCAUUUUGACCUUAUCCUUUGACCUAAAGUGACCGCCGCUGGCCCAGUACCCUUGGUACUGUGAAAACCUUCGAUUUGAAUGUUACCUUUAUUACCUAAGAAAGGUUUAACACUCCCAGGAUAUAACUAUUGCGGGCCAGGAAAUCCUUUAGAUAGUGGACAUCCUGUUAAUGAACUAGACGCAGUAUGUAUGGACCAUGACUUUUGCUACGACAGUGGUGUAAAAAAUGGUAUAUAUGACAAGCACAUGCUUUCCAACUUAAAUAACACUCAAUCAAAAACAUUUGGAGGAAAGAUUGCAAAACAUUUAGUUGUAAAACCAGCAAUUAAAACGAAAUACAAACUUGGACUUGAAAAAAGGUCAAAAAAAGGAAAAAGGGGGUAGAGUAUUUUCUUGGACGUAAGUCCUUGGGAGCUAAAAGCUCACUCAAAAAGACCCCCGGAAUAACAUGGAGUGAUGAAUUAGCAGAAGAAUUACAUAAACCAAUUAAACGAAAAUUUAUAAAACGAAGAGUGAUAGUUAAUGAUAUUGAUGAUACUUGGUCUGCUGAUUUAGUUGAUAUGCAAGCUUUUUCAAAAUAUAAUAAAGGUGUAAAGUACUUGUUAACCGUUAUUGUCGUGUUUAGCAAAUAUGCUUGGGUUAUUCCAUUAAAGAAUAGAACUGGAGAAUCGGUUACUGAAGCAUUUGAAAAAAUAAUUUCUGAAGGUAGAACACCUACAAAUUUAUGGGUAGAUAAAGGAAAAGAAUUUUAUGAUAAAAAGUUUGAAUCAUUUUUGAAUAAAAAUAAGAUUAACAUGUAUCAUACAUUUAAUGAAGGAAACGCUGUAGUAAUUGAAAGAAUUAAUAGAAGUUUAAAAAGAAUAAUGUGGAAAUAUUUUACAGCAAAUAAUACUUACACUUAUUUAGAUAAUUUGCAGGAUAUGGUUGACAAAUAUAACAAAAGAAAACAUUCUAGUAUAAAAAUGACACCGACUGAAGCCAGUAAAAACUGGUAAUGUUUACUUUAAUUUAUACGGUAAUUUAAAGAUACCAAGGAGUAAACCAAAAUUUAAAAUUGGUGAUCGAGUUCGCUUAAGCAAACUUAAACGACAUUUUGAAAAAGGAUAUACACCAAACUGGACAGAGGAAAUAUUCAUAAUU